AUGAGGUCUCAUCGCCAUCGCCAUCUUUCGAACGACCGGUACGGACAUCGCCACAAGAAUGAAGGCAUUACAAGUGAUUCCUACCCAGAGGUCGAUUCCCGUGGCUUUGAUACUAUCCAGUCGUGGCUUGCCAAGAUCAGCAAUUCGGCGGACGAUUAUGUGCAUAAUGCAGACGAAUCUUGUUCAUCAACCAAACGCCCUGCUAGCGUUCCUGCCUGGGCAAGAUCUUUAGAUCCAAAUCAGCUUGGUCAUCAAAGCGACUGGCCUUUGAUCGAAGAUCAGCUGCUCGUAGUAGUACCCGAAUCAUUAGAAGAUGAUGCAUACUUGAACUCGCAACACGCGCGUUGCCCUGACACCGGAUCUAACAAGGAAAACCAGAAGAGAUACCGUACGCAUUCAUGCCAGGGCUCGCUUGAUGUUAUCCCCGAUAGGCCUCUUUUCGAGCGACGGCCAAGAAGGAAAACUCGCCCGGAUCGGUAUACUUCCAAAGACCAGGCAACCAAAGAGAAAUCCCACACCGAGGGCGAAACCGAAAAUCGAAGAAGAAAGACUCGCCCUAAAAAGCAUCAUCUUCGGUCGAGCAGAGAUGUUAUGAACAACUUUGUGUCUGGUGCCAUCCCAAGCACAAGGGUAACGAUGAGACCAAGUCUUACUACCGGGCUUUUCCUGAACGGUCGUUCGUCUACCGCUAAACAAGUGACCGACCUCUCAUUCAAUGAUAUGCCAGUCAUGAAACUACGAGGGAGGUCGGGAAACGAAAAGAAAGAGCUUCAUCUUAGCACGCCUACCCAAUCUGAUCAUGACGAAGACGAGACUCUAUACGACGGAAGUUAUAUGCAGCAGCAUGCAGAAUCCUCAACAGGGUCGACCGAGAACAGAAAAGAGAACAAACGACAAAUUACUAACAAAGCCGUCGAUACUGUGCCGCAGAACCUCUCUCUUGAGGACACUCAUGGCAUCCAGGAUGACCUUAUGUCAUCGGCGGAGGUCACCCAAACAUCAGACUCUGAGAGUCCGGAGGUGACACUCAGAAGACUCAUUGAGACUGGCAUUUUUGAUGGCACGGGCAUUCUAAACAAGACUGCAAACCAGAUCAUUCAGCAAAAUUCUAUCAACAGCAGCAACCUCGACCCAAGAUGGAACAGCAACAUUCCACCAAACCAAGAUAAAGGGGUGUUGGCAGACCCUGGCAUGGGCGCGCGUGUAAAAUCAAGUCCCCAAAUUCCACCGAACGUUGAUCAAAACGACAGUCGUUAUAUGGCAGCAUCAACUAAUACAGCAGAGCGCGGACAUCAAGAAAGUGAAGUACCAGUAUAUACCCACAGUACAACUCAAGUUGAGUCCCCAACUUUGACAAAAUUAUCAACUAGAAAUGAUGUACACGAGCAUGGUGCUGAACAGCAUGUUGCGGUAGAAGAUGAAAAGAAAGCUGACCCCGUUGCCUACAGUCGGUGGCACUCUGUGUCUAGAACAUCGGAAGGCGGCCACCAUUACAUACAGUGCCUGGAUCAAAAGGAUCUACCCGGACCUCUGAUUCAGAGUAUCAGGACACAUCCUGCUGAUGACCAACACUUAUUCCGCCAAGAUGUUGCACAAACUUCUGAAAUUCAACACCUAGAGCAGCCUCUCCACCACAGGUAUAAGUCUCAUGAUGAGGGGACAUCGCCACUCCAUGGAUUAAGUUGUCAACAUCCACGCCAGUCACUCUACAGGAUUUUUAGUGUACCAUCAGAUUUUCCAACUAUCCUUCCAACAGCUUAUUCAGACAUGCACACUAUUCAAGAUGAAGGACAUGGCGGUAAUACACAGCUUUCACGGCAACAUGAUAACCACGAUGAUGAAACUAUACAGCAGUUCAUCGAGAGAAUUGAAGGGGAGGCAAGUUUGAGAUGGGAAGAACCUCAUCAAGUCGUUGACGGCAGCUUUAUGGAUGACAUAGAAGAUUCUAGCGAAAGUGAGUCCAAGAGAGCGCCAGAUGGCUCUGAUACCUUCCUACGCGGAGACCUGGGAUACAGUGAGAUAACACAACGUGCCUCACAUAACGCAUAUCCGGACCUCUACUGCGAGCCGACCAUUGAAAGACCUCAAUAUGAGCCAGUACAUGGGAGAAAGUCGGAUAACGAACAGGAUUACCACUUUGCACGCAGAACUGACAGGGGGUUUGAUAGUUCGGAGCCCGACAUGCUUACUUUCUGGAGACCUAAUCGCUUCUAG